AUGAUAAAAUCCGUACGUGUCUCUUCAUUAGCACUGCCAUGCCCGCCGAACACCCACUACACGCCGUGCGCCUCGCCCUGCCCGGCCACCUGCUCGGACAUCUACGCCGAGGACGGCUGCCAGAGCGCGGCUCGGUGCGCCGAGGGCUGCGUCUGCGACCAGGGCUUCGUGCUCAGCGACGACCUCUGCGUGUCGCUAGAAGCCUGCGGCUGCUGGGACGACGAAAACAACUACCACUCGGUGGUGUUUUCAACUUACGUGCCAUUGCUUCCGUGCAUCUUCCAGUUUGAAGAGGCCUGGCUUAGUGACAACUGCAAACGAAAGUGCGUUUGCUCGGUGCCUGGCAAUGCGAGCUGUGAGGCGCACAGCUGUGUGGAGCACGAGAGUUGUCAACUGAACAAUGGGAAGGAAUCUUGCCAGCCUGUCAGUUACAGCACGUGUUCAAUAUCUGGGGACCCACAUUACCAGACCUUUGACAAGAGGCUGUACCACUUCAUGGGUCGUGAAACAUACACGCUGGUGCAGAGCUGUGGGGACAACAAUAACCUCCUACCCAUCAGAAUCCUCGGCAAAAACAAGCGCGUCGGCCACAACCACCGUGUAUCCUUCCUGGAUGCAGUGUACAUUUACGUGUACGGCUUCAAGAUCAAGUUCACCGACAGAAAGGAUUUCGAGCUGAAUGGGGUAAGAACGAAGCCCCCAUCAAAUCCCAAGGAGGGACUUGAAAUUGUGCACACCUCCCACAAGAUGGUGCUGAGGACGGACUUUGGCCUGACUGUCAUAUUCGAUCGCAAAUCACACGCAGACGUGACCAUUCCCAGUUCUUAUGCUGGCCAAGUGUGUGGCCUGUGUGGGAAUUCCAAUGGGGACAAGAGUGAUGAAUUCAAGACUCCCGAUGGAUCACUCGUUACUUCAGAGGACGUGUUUGGCAACAGCUGGGAAGUCAAUGACCGACGCAGCCUCUUUGAGCAGUACGAGCCACCCGUUUUCAGGUCGAAACGUCUCGUUGAGGAACCCCGGAAUGACCUCAACCUCAGCUGCAGCGAUGAGCAAUGGGCAGAGCUGGAGAACAAGAGUUCCUGCGGAGUGUUUCAUGAUCCUGCUGGGCCCUUCGUGCAGUGCUGGAUCCCUGCCCCUGUGGACCCAUAUUACACUAACUGCAUGUAUGACAUGUGUGAAAACAUUGGAGACAAGGAGUUGUUCUGCAGCAGUCUGGAGGUUUACACGUCAGCCUGCCAACAGGAAGGCAUCACUCCCAACAACUGGAGAAUCUACACGGGCUGUGGUGAGAUGAAUCACCGAUGUCACUCCGUGCCUUGAGCCUCUUCCACCCACAUUUUAACAUUUCACAAUGCGCAAUCACUUUCUUCCGCAAGGGAUUGCUGUCGUCACAAGAGAUGUGCUUUUGCUGGAAUUGGGUUUGGACCCAAGUUUUAUUCAUAAAAAGGGUAUUUUAGGGCACUACUGAAAC